AUGCUCGGUCGUUCCCGCCACCGGCACCGGCACCGGGCUCUUAUGGGGCGGCGGCAGGUGGGGAAUCCCCGGGACAGGUGGCACCCGCCCCCCGUUACUGCGAAAUCGCCGCCUCCCUCGAAAGCAGAACCGAUACCGGGCCGGGGUCCCCGUCCCGCGCCCCGCCGCGCCCGGCCCCGCCGGGACGGGACGGACGGGCAGGAAAACCCGGGGCAGUUCCGGGCGGCUCCGAGCCCGGGGCGCCGCGACGGCAGCGGCACGGGAGGGAUCGGGACCCCCCAGCCCUGCGCGGUGCACCGGAGCCGAGGCCAGCGGGGAGCCCGGGCGAGGCGGGACCCCCAGAAGUCCCCCGCAGCCCCCCGCAUCCCCCCGCAUCCCCCCGCAUUCCCCCGCAUCCCCCGCAUCCCCCCGCAGCCCCCGCAGCCCCCGCAUCCCCCGCAUCCCCCGCAGCCCCCCAUCCCCCCGCAUCCCCCGCAGCCCCCCGCAGCCCCCCGCAUCCCCCGCAGCCCCUGCAUCCCCCGCAGCCCCCGCAGCCCCGCUCCCCUCCCCGCCGGGCCGGGCUGUGCUGCCCGAGGCACCGCAAUCGCGGCGGCCCCGACGGGGCGGCUCCGGCGCUUCCCGCUCCGCCCGCCGGGGCUGCCCCCGGCCUUUCCCGGGACCGUGCCUCAUGCACCGGCCCGGGGCCGAGCCCGGGGGUACACCCGCCCUGCCCGUGGUGUUGUGUUCCCACCCCCGUGGGGUUGGAGGGGGGAGCGGGGCAGAGGUCCCGUGGGGCUCGGCAUCACGGGGUGCUGCCCGUGGGACACGAUGUGA